AGGCGCGCCGCCGGUAUGAGAAGAUGGGCGGGAGCGUUGCGGGCGGCGGUGAACGGGUUCGGGCCCGGUGGGUUCCGGGAGCGUUUCGAUUUCGGCGGCCGCGAUGUCGCCUCCUGGUUCCCGGGGCACAUGGCGAAAGGCCUACGGCAGAUGCGGGCCUCCCUGCGCCGCGCCGACUGCCUCAUCGAGGUGCACGACGCUCGCAUAUCCUCCGGCACGGCCCUUCGACCUUCUCCCCCCCGCCCGGGUACCCCCCCGUGGCAGCAGGAGCUUGCAUCCCGGGAUCCAGCCACCGGUCCUGCCCUCCGCGUGCCCCAGCUGCCCCAUCUCCCUCCAGGCCACCCCUUCUCCCAGUCCCAUCCCAGUUUCAGCUCUGCGCCAGCCCCACCGGCUCCCCACCCCCCUCUGCCCCCAACUGCUCCGCCCGGUACCUGUUCCCAUGCCAGCGCAUGCUCUCCUUAGCAGCACUCACAUCCCGCUGUCAGGCCGUAACCCCGUGCUACAGGAGGUGCUGGGCAUUCGCCCGCACGUCCUGGUGCUGAACAAGAUGGACCUGGCUGAUCCUCGCCAGCAGCCGGUGAGCGCCGGGGCAGGGCUGGCCAGCCGUUUGGGGGCCCGCAGGUUGCCGCAGGCAGGUGCCAGCAACGCCUCUGCCCGUCCCCUUCAGACGGUCCUGGAGCACCUGAAGCAGCAAGGAUGCUUGCACGUUGUCUUCACGGACUGCCAGCGCGACAGCAACGUCAAGAAGAUUGUUCCCCUGGUUGCCAAGCUGGUGGGCGACAGCCCGCGUUACCACAGGGCCGAGAGCAAUGAGUACAACAUCCUGGUGAUCGGCGUGCCCAACGUGGGCAAGUCGUCGCUCAUCAACUCCCUGCGGAGGCUGCACCUCAAGAAGGGGAAAGCCACCGCGGUUGGUGGCGAGCCAGGCGUCACCAAGGCGGUGCUGACCAAAAUCCAGGUCUGCGAGCAGCCCCUGAUGUACCUGGUGGACACGCCUGGCGUGCUGCCCCCGAAGCUGGGGGAUGUGGAGACGGGCAUGAAGCUGGCGCUCUGCGGUGAGGGGGAGGCUGCGCCAGGGGGGGAACUCCCUAAACAUGGCUCUGACCCCCGGCUGGGCCCCGUACCCCAGAGUCUGCUGCUCGCGGCCCCCCAGCCUGGCGCACGGGGGGCAUGCGGAGGGCAGGGGCAGGGCUGGGGGCAGCGGGGGCUGGACCCUUUUUUUCCAGGAGCCAUCCGUGACCACCUGGUGGGCGAGGACAUCAUGGCCGACUACCUCCUGUACGCCCUGAACAAGCGGCAGCAGUUCAGGUACGUGCAGCGCUACGGGCUGGCCGAGGCCUGCGAUGACAUCGAGCCCGUGCUGAGGCACGUGGCCCUCGCCCAGGGCAGGACGCAGAAGGUGAAGGUGCUGACAGGGACAGGGAAUGUCAACGUGACGAUGCUCAACUACCCGGCCGCUGCCUACGAGUUCCUGCGGGAUUUCCGGGCGGGAUGCCUGGGCAGGGUGACGCUGGACUGAGACCUGUCGGGGGGGGGGGGGGAAGAGGCACCACCUGGGUGGGGAACGAGGGCCUGGCUCCCCCCUGGGGACACCCCGCCGCCCCCCCGGGGCUGGCCCACCCUGCCGCAGAGCUCUGGUGUGCAAUUAAAGCGGCUCUGACGGGGCAACCCCUGGUUUUGGAGCCUGGGCUGCUGCAAGGGGUGUGGGGGGGUACAGGAUCCCCUGCUCUGGGG